ACAACAAGACCGCAAAGUUGUGAAACGAAAAGGACAUAAAGUGCAAUCAUUUGAUAAACAAAGACAUUUAAAUUGUUAAUAAAAAAAUUGUGAAGUUAACUAAAAUGGCUGCAGCAUCCGAAGAUCAAGUUGGAUCAUUUGUAGAACGUUCUACCAACACUGAUGAUAUUACCGAUGCAUUUGGUUCCCUGGGCUCGUCAAAUAAUGCAUCUACCACCUACUAUUCCAGUGGUUCUUCAUCUAAUCAUCUUCAACAGCAGGGAGCAAUAGCCCAAUUGGCAAACAAAUCAUACAACACAUCAUCCAGCAAUUACACUGCAAUAAUGCCAACUGACCGCCAUGCUGUCGAGUAUAAUAUGCGUCAUAAAAAUCGUGGGUUGGCACUGAUUUUUAAUCAUGAACAUUUUAUGGUGCCAACCCUGAAAUCGCGAUCAGGCACCAAUGUGGACUGUGAUAAUUUAGCGCGCUGCCUUAAACAGCUAGAAUUCGAUGUUAAGAUUCAUAAAGACUAUACUUUGGGUGAAAUAAAACGACAAAUCGAAUGGGCUGCUAGUCAAGAUCACACCAACAGCGAUUGCAUAUUAGUAGCCAUACUGUCGCAUGGUGAAAUGGGUUUCAUUUAUGCCAAGGACACGCAAUAUAAAUUGGACAGUAUAUGGCAUUAUUUUACCGCUCAGCACUGCCGUUCUUUGGCUGGCAAACCCAAACUGUUCUUUAUUCAGGCUUGUCAAGGUGAUCGCCUGGAUCCUGGUGUAACAAUGAAACGUGCAGUAACACAGACGGAUGGUGACUCAUCAAUGAGCUACAAAAUACCAGUUCAUGCGGACUUUCUCAUUGCCUAUUCUACCAUACCCGGAUUUUAUUCAUGGCGCAACACCACUCGUGGUUCCUGGUUUAUGCAGUCAUUAUGUGCUGAAUUGGCUGCCAAUGGAAAACGUUAUGAUAUAUUGACCUUGUUGACAUUUGUUUGUCAACGCGUGGCCGUUGAUUUCGAAUCCUGCACUCCCGACACUCCGGAGAUGCAUCAACAAAAGCAAAUACCUUGCAUUACUACCAUGCUAACGCGUAUUUUACGUUUCCAUGAUAAAAAUAUCAUUGCUCCAGCUGGAAGAGUGUAAAAGUAAAACAAAAGAUAUUGUUUGCAUUUUUUCGGGGGUGAGUUUUUAAGAAUAAGGGAGCAAUAACAGAAAGUUAUAAAUUACUAAAGAAAAACAAAAACAACGAAACAAAAUAAAAUCUAAGGUAAAUACCCAUAACAAAUUUUAGCACGAAAGUAAUUAAAAUUGAACAUUUAUCUUAUCUAAUAGAUGAUUCAUUUACAAAGAGGGAACUAAUAAUAUAUUAUGAAAUUCGAUUUGCAUUUUUAAAGUGUUUGCAUUUAAUUUUUUUAUAUACAAACAUAUUUUUAUAUACAAACAUAUACAUACAUGAUAUGUAAUUAUAGUUUAUUUAAUGUUCUUUUUAACGCUUAAUCAAUAUAAACAAUUUAUGCUUACUAACGAAUGGCUAAAAUUUUGGAAAUUCCUGUAUGGAAAAGUUAGCCACUCUUUAGUAAGCUCUCCUUUUUAUCGCUAUAAAUAGGGGUUCGUCCAAACAGAAAUUAGAUUUUUAUCAACAUUUUGGUUUUUAUUAACUAAGCUCUUUUUUAAAAUAUUACAAGUACAGUUCGCCUUCGCUUUGUUUAACUAAUAAAAGGGAAGACUGUUGGAAAACCCGAGUCAUACUAUUUUACAAAAUUUUACUUGAAUAGUAGGGCAAACCGAUGGCGCACUGAAAUAACAAAAUUAAUUUUGCUGCAUAUACAUACUAAUAAAAUCUGACAGAUACGUACCUAUAUACAUUUGACUUUAUCAUUAUUUUAUUUUUAAUUUAAUACAAAUUUAAAUACAUUUUAAUUCAAAAUAUGUUGCUUCUUAACUAAAUUAUAAGUAAAAGGAAACGAAAUUCUAAUUCAAACAGUUAUUUCUAACUUAAAGUCAAAAUAUUUUAAGAAAAAAGCUGCGUUUUAACAAAAUUAUUAUUAAAAAAUAAUACUUUAUCAAAUAUUUUAUGAGUUGCUCCCUUAACUUAAAUGACAAAAUUAGAUUUAUUACAUAAAUAAAUUGUAUACUUUAUCAAAACAUUUAACAAUAGUAUUUUCUUUUAUAAAUCAUUUUAUAUAUAUUUUUUUUACUUUUUUAUAUACAUUUUUGGAUUGCAUUUUAAGAUAACAUAAUUAAGUAUUUAACAAAAAUUAUAUGUAAUUUAAUAAAAAAAAAGAAUUCUAUCGAAAUUUAAAAACA